CACACACGACCUCACCCCUCUCUCUCUCUCUCUGGUCAUUUUCAAUCGCUGAUUUUUCUUUCCCUCUCUUACUUGUGUCGUGUCUCACUCUCACACUGAAGUCACAGAUCUUUUCUCCGUUCCUCGCUUUGAUUAGUUUCGUGGACAAAUUGAGAGGCAUUUUUAAAAGGGUGAAUGAGCAAGGGAAGGGUUUUGUUUUGUUGUGUUGUGUUGUGUUGUGUUGCCCUUUUAAAAAAUUCAAAAUUUAUUUGGAUUGGUAGAUGAUUACUGAUAAUAAAGCGUAUGCAUUGCCUGCAAUUGUGAUUGCUGAUUCUCGUGAUUUUUGCAACAAGGACUCUUGAAGUUUGAAAUUGGGGUUCUGAAGGAUCUCUCAUUUCAGGAAAAACGAGAAAUGGGGAUGGAGAAAAAACGUUCCAAGGGAAGCUUCCUCAGCUUGUUUGAUUGGAAUGCCAAAUCUCGAAAGAAGUUGGUUUGGAACAAUCCUACCUUACCUGAGGCUUCAAAGCAAGGAAAAGAAAAUGUGGAGAACUUGCCCAAGUCGCAGCUCAAUAGGGUAAAGGUGGAUGAAAAUGGUGCUAGUUCAAGUAAUAUUGCAAGUUGUGAUUUUAAUUCCACCCUCUCAAUUUGUAGUGAUGAAGGAUGUGGGAAUAAAGCCCCUGGGUUAGUAGCGAGACUAAUGGGUUUGGAUUCAUUGCCAGCUUCGGCAGUCACUGACCUCUCCUGCACUUUGUUGAAUGGCUCUAACUCUCAUGGAGCUCCUCAUCCUCAUGAGGGUGCUCUUCAUUCAAUGGAUGACGUGCGCCAUGUGGAAUACAUAAACAAGGCACCUAAGCUGGAGAAGUCUUCUUUGGGUGCCAUGGAAUCUAGGGCACAGAAAGUGGAAAACCGGCCAAUAAAGAGAUUCCAAACUGAAAUGUUGCCUCCAAAGUCAGCUAAACCCAUUCCAGUUACUCACAAUAAACUCUUGUCUCCUAUCAAGAGUCCUGGUUUUCAGACACCAAAGAAUGCAGCAGAUAUAAUGGAGGCAGCUGCUAAGAUAAUUGAGGCAAGCCCUCGGCCAUAUAUGAAGAAUAGAAUGUCUUCAGUUGGGCCCUCAUCUGUUCCCUUGAGAAUUAUUGAUUUGAAAGAGAGAUUGGAAGCUGCACACUAUGCAUCCAUGCCUGAAAAGCUCAUGGAUCCAAGCACUGCCAACCCUGCAAAUGGCAAGUCUAGUGAGACGAGCAGUAAUUUGUAUAAAUGUACUUCAGCAUUCAAGAGUUCAAGAGAUUCAGAAAAAAAUAGUUCUUGUCAUCUAGCCAGUAAUGGAAAAUCAGUUUCACUUGCAAUACAAGCCAAAACCAAUGUUCAGAGCCAAGUUACAUUGUCUUCAAAUGUUAAUAGGAAAUAUAUGAAGCAGAAAGAACAGAACGGGAUGAAGUCAAACCAGUUCUUGAGGAGCCAGAAACCAAGUACACACCAAGCCAUGCAGCAGAGAACUUGCACAAGCCGGAAAAGCAAUGUUCUUGCGCAGAAUAAUCAAAAGCAAAAUGGAGGGACCACCAAAGGUAAAUCUACUUCAAAAAUAGAUUCCAAUAAGCCAACAACACAAGCUUCGUCUUCAGAAAAUUCUUCUGGAAUAAGGAAGGCGUCAAACAAGGGUGCUGUAAAUGCCAAUAUUCAGCCUAAAAGGUCAACCACUAGGGCAACUGAUAACAAAAAUGAGUUUCCAGCAUCCAAAACAGAGAGUAUUUCCCGGAAGAAAAAGUAUAUCAGCAGAGGUGUUCAUGAGGCAAGAGGUCCUGAUAAUGCAGUUAAUAAUUUUGAAAGCAAGUCCAUAAAAUGCAAUAUUACAACUGAUGGAAGUAUUGAUCAGGAUGCAUUUAACAUGAAAGAAAGCAAGGAUGUUAUCUCAUUUACUUUUACAUCUCCCUUGAGGAGAAGCUUGCCUGAGUCACCAUCCUCUACUGAGCAAGUGAUGGGAACGAGAAAUAAAAUUGGUGUUCAUUCUCUUGGGCAAAGUGAUAACUUUUAUCCCAAAAAAUUAUCAUUAUCUCCUAUGAUAGACAGUGAUGCUUUAAGUGUCCUGUUGGAGAAAAAGUUGCAAGAAUUGACAUCUAGAAUUAACUUACCUCAAUGUACCCUGGCCACAGAGGGCUCUUCUGCUGGUUUGAGAUCUAGUUUGCAAGACAAAGUUUCCAGUAUGGUAAGCACCACUUCUAGGGAACAAGACCAAAGCUUUCACCCUGACCUGUUCAGUGAUAAACUGGAUAGCAUGCAUGAGUAUCGUUGCUGUUCAAGUGAUGAUCCAGUGCUUAAUAUGAAUCAGCAACUGCAGACAUCAGAUGUAAUGGAAGAUCCUUGCUGUAGCAGCAACAGUGCAAGUGGAAAUGAUCUAGCUGUUACAGUUUCUGAAACUUCUUUUGUCAGUGAAAGUUACUUGAAUAGUGAAGACAGUUCAUAUGGCAGCAGAUUUGAUUCUUCCAUGCAAGAUGAAGAAAUAUCUAAUUUUUCCCAGAUAAAUGAAUCUGUAUCACUUGAAAAUGAGGUGAAAUGGCCAGAGCUAAGCUCUUCCACAUUGGUGGGGGGAAAUGUGGUCAAACAAUUAAGCGGAAUUUCAAAUUUGGUAGAUUUUAAAAGAUUAAGGAACAUGGAACUUGAAUAUGUACAGGAUAUACUUAGCAAUGCAGAGUUUAUGGCUGAAGAAUUUGUCAUGGGUCACGCUAAUACGGUCAUAAUGCCAAAUCUCUUUGAUCUGUUGGAGAAUCAGAGUAAUGGAACAGAAAACUAUGGAGAAGAGUACUCCAAGGUUGAAAGGAAGGUUUUAUUUGACAUUGUAAGCGAGUGCCUGGAGUUGAGAUGUAGGAAAGCUUUUGUUGGAAGGUGCAAAGCAUGGACUAGAUGGGUGACAUCAGUUCAGAGGAAGAGCUGGUUGGCAGAGGAAUUGUACAAGGAGAUGCUGGCUUUUAAAAGCAUGGAAGAGGUAAUGGUAGAUGAGCUUGUCAGCAAGGACAUGAGCACUGGAUGCGGUAGAUGGCUUGACUUUGACGUUGAAGCAUUUGAAGAGGGUUUAGAGGUUGAGCAGGACAUACUAGAUUAUAUGAUUAAUGAAUUGGUUUUUGAUUUGUUGCUUGUUUAACCCUUUGGUGGCUUCCAAAUUUUUCCAAUAUAUAUAUUAUGUAAUGGGUAUGAAGAAAAUGAUCCAUACCAUUAAAAUUCUUAAAAAGAAAAGGGGGGAAGUGUCCCGUGGAAUAGUAGAGUUCCUGUUAAGGAACUUAUUUAUAUGAUUAGUAUAGUUGUUGCAUUGGAAAAUUUAUAUGUCGAACGUUAAUGAAUUUCCCCGUUGAAUUGCUAGUCUGCGUCAAUCA